AUGUCCUUCGCGAUGCUGCGCUCGGCACCGCCCGGCCGCUACCUGUACCCCGAGGUGAGCCCGCUGUCGGAGGACGAGGACCGCGGCAGCGAGAGUUCGGGCUCCGACGAGAAGCCCUGCCGCGUGCACGCGGCGCGCUGCGGCCUCCAGGGCGCCCGGAGACGGGCCGGGGGCCGGCGGGCGGGGGGCGGCGGCCCGGGGCCUGGGGGGAGGCCGGGCCGCGAGCCCCGACAGCGGCACACGGCGAACGCGCGCGAGCGGGACCGGACGAACAGCGUGAACACGGCCUUCACGGCGCUGCGCACGCUCAUCCCCACCGAGCCGGCCGACCGCAAGCUCUCCAAGAUCGAGACCCUGCGCCUGGCCUCCAGCUACAUCUCGCACCUGGGCAACGUGCUGCUGGUGGGUGAGGCCUGCGGCGACGGGCAACCCUGCCACUCGGGGCCCGCCUUCUUCCACGCGGCGCGCUCUGGCAGCCCUCCACCCCCGCCGCCCCCGCCCCCCGCCCGCGACGGCGAGAACGCCCAGCCCAAACAGAUCUGCACCUUCUGCCUCAGCAACCAAAGAAAGUUGAGCAAGGACCGAGACAGAAAGACGGCGAUUCGGAGUUAGAGGCGGAUGCUGCUGGGCCAUCCACGGAGAGCCCCCAUGGACCUGACUCGGGCACAGGCCUCCCUGAGGGCACCCCCCCAGGCCAGCCCUGCCCCGGCUGUGAGCGGGGCCGAUGGACAGACAGGCGGUGGGACUCGGAGCUGGCCCAGCACUUGCCCAGCCCCACUGGAACUUUCCGUGCUGGCUCCCAACCUGGUUUUCUUCUGGUCACUAUGUGCUGGCAUCUUGUGUCUUUGAUAUGAUAAUAUAAAG